AUGACUUUAAGAAAUAGGAAGAAGUCAACUUGGAGACGUCUACUAUGGCAAAGGCAAGACUAUCCUGAUAAUUACACGGAUCCUAAUUUUAUUAAAUUUUUGGAGAAGCUAGAAAAAAAGAAGAAAGAACCCAGGCCCAUUGCAACUUCUGAAGAUUAUUUAGAAAUACGAUCACAUUUCCUUGAUUUCUAUUACGUUGUUUUAAACACUUUUUUUAUCUUCAUCUGUUUUAGUUAUAUUUAUUACUAUAACCGGGACCCAUUGCCAUUAACGACCUUCCUUACUAUUGCAAUUAUAUUCCUUAUUAAAUGUAAGAAAACUCAAGUCUCAACCCAACUAAACUUGAAAUCAUCCAUUAUUAUAACGUUCAUGAUGUUAACGUUAUCGCCAGUGCUUAAAUCUCUUUCAAAAACCACGGCAUCAGAUUCUAUAUGGACGUUGUCUUUCUGGUUGACAAUUCUUUAUAUUUUUGUGGUAUCUUCAUCAACCCAGAAGGAUAAACCUUCCAACUUAUCGACCAAUGUCUUAUUUGCUAACGUUAGUGUCCUUGCUUCAAGAUUAUCAACCACCACGGAAGUUUUUUGCUUUCUUUCAAUUUGUAUUGAAUUGAAUAUUAUACUUCCGAAAUUAAUUGAAAGAUCUAAUAUCUUUGUCGUCAUAACUUCCAAUUUUAUUGUUUAUACAUUCUUGAAUCUAACGUUCGGUUGGUACCAUAUGUUGUUAUUCUUUUUAUUAUCCAUGGUCUACAUAACAGUUUUACCAAGAUUAUUCCUUUAUUGGCGAAUAAAUUAUCAUCGUGCAGAUGUGGAAGUUUUAGAUAUAUGGGAUCCUAAAAUUCCUAUCCUAGAGUAA